AUGAAAACACUAAAUAUGCCGUUGAGAACAGCACCAAAGUGGCCAAAACAUUAUGGAUUUGAUAUAAUUGGAGAAGGACCAUGUUAUGUUGUCAAUGUGGAGAAACGUAAGGUUGCCUAUGGGGCAGGGCUGAUGCCUGGAGAUCAAAUAUUGGAGCUUGACGAGCAAGAUGUUACAAACUUGUCAUCUGAAGACCUGAAGUCUUUAGCCAAGAACAGCAGAUCCCAGCCUCCAACCCUUGGUGUAGUGGCUCGUCGCCAACAGGUGGAACUUGUGUGUAGUCGGACAGGAGGCUGUGGAUUUGAAGUCUCUGGAGAGAAGCCUGUGAGAAUUCAACAUGUAGAUCAGGCCUCACCAGCUUUUAUUGCAGGGCUGCGAGAAGGUGACAUCGUCUUGGAGGUGAAUGGUCAGAAUGUGAUGCGGACUGAAGACAUGAUAGAUGUCCUGCAAGGAAAUCUGCGCAGACUGACCAUUGGAAUAAUUCCAGUUGGAAAACAGAAGGAGACAGGGGGUAAUAUUCGCAAAGUCAAACACAGAUCACCAACAGGAGGAAGCAGAAUCCAACGGGCACGUAACCUCCACAAUAAGAUGAAUGAGAUUCUUGGGGAUGAUUAUGAGAAAAAAAUGGCAGUGGUUGGUGUAAUGAAACAGUUUGCAGAAGACAGAGAUAUUGACAUCUUGGCAAGAGCUUUGGCUGUCAUCCUUAAAACUCCACAUCAGCAGAGAAUUGUCAGACAGAUCAGGCAAUUCAUUCCUCCCCGCAAACGAUCCCAAUUUGAUGAAAUAAUACGUCAGCAGCAAAGCCUGUCUGCUAAUGACAAGCCUCACACUGGAAGGGGUGAUUCAAGGGGUCCACCGAAUCAUCAGCAUGGCAUGGUCAAGGCUGUACAGGUAGUUAGAAAUGGAGGUAACUUUGGCUUUGUGAUCAAGGGUAACAAUCCUGUGUUCAUUGAGACAGUAGACCCAGGCGGUGCUGCAGAGAGGGCUGGACUUCAGCCAGGGGAUCUCAUCAUGAAGCUUAAUGGUAUUGAUGUAAGGCGAUGUGGACAUUCUCACUUGGUGCAGCUGUUCCAAGAUAGUGGCAGUGCCCCCCUUAUAGAGGUGGUCCGGCUCACUGGUGACACUAAUGCUGGUCUAGUCGAAGGUGGAACAGGCUCAGUGAUUUCCAUGUCAAGCGUAUCCAGCCAUGCCUCCUCAGCGUGGAUGACUACAGACGAGACACCUAACAUUGAUAGAGAUGGUAACACAUUCAAACAGAAGGCACAUUACCUGCUGACCUCCAAGGAAAGGUCAAAGAUGAAGAAAGCAAUGCUAGACUAUGACAGGUCGAGAAAUAUUGUGGAGUUAUUCAAUGCCCUCUCCCAGGUGAUGGACACACCAUCAAAGAAAGUCUUGUGGAAAUUCAUCCUGGCCAAGCUAUCAUCUGCUCACCAGGAGUUCUGUAUAACCAGAAUCAACCACCCUCAGCACAUCCUCAUGGAAAUAGUUGAUUCCUCAAACCAGACCAGUCAGUUUUAUGACAAAAACCUUGGCAAGGAAGUGCCCCCUCCCUGGGCACUGAAAAAUGGUACAGAGGCCUGGGGUCAGACAGGACCACACUUGGCAUCCUUCCAACAACAAGUGGAAUACCUGCUUACCUCCAGGGAACGUUCACAGCUGAAGAAGGCCCUCCAGAUUUAUGCUGAGAACAGGAAAGUAGAGAACUUAAUUCAGGACCUAGAAGUCAUUUUAGACACUCCAUCAAAGCAGACUCUUUGGAUCUACAUCAUACCCCUUCUGGUAGCUGAGCACCAGGAAUAUGCCCGCCAUCGGCUAAAUGUACACCACAACAUCAAAGGCCUACCACCUGGUAAGUGUGAAUCUCUUAUCCAUACACAAGCUGAGCAAGUGGAGCCCCAGUAUAGCACUGAGGAUGAGUUUGAAAUAGUGGGUGUUGCAGCUGCUGCCCUAAGGAGAGGAAGGGAAUAUCUGAGUUCUUACUCCUCUGAUGACGACAUGCCUGAUCGAACACAAAAGCCAGGUGUGAAGCGUGCUAGAGGUCGUCUCUGGAAAAAGAUGCACCCUGGUUAUGACCUCAGCAUAAGAGAUGGUGGAAAGAACAUGGACAUGGCUCUCAUGAAGGAGUUAGAGGAGACCCGGCGAGCUGUGGAGGAGGCAAAGAAAAUAUUUCAGGCAGGACACAAGAUGGACGCUGAUUUAACAGACUCUGACGAUGAGACAGGACUGAAAUCAAAGAAGUAUGUAACUGUAAUUCCUAUUAGUUAUGCUGAAUAUGCAGGGAAAGUUUUAUCGGAGGAAAAGUCCAAACAAGGAAAAUCUCAGCAUCGGAAACGAAAUGGAGUUUCCCCUGUUCCCAGUGAUAACAGAAAUGGAAUGCAACAUCCGCCAGAGAUUGUGUUCAGUUCCACUUGUUCAGAUAGUGACAAUGACAUUGAUGCUGAUGUUGAAAUAGACAAGUCUAGAUUCUCCAUCAAGUCAGGAGAUUCAUUUAACCGUCGUGCUAUGACUGCACUUAAGGAGCUUGAUGCUGCUAUGGCUGCUGAAGUGUCUGAUCUUGAUGCCACAAGUACCUUUGGCCUAGAUUUUCUAAAGGUUAAUGGUGGAUCCUCCGUAUUGGCGGCACAGCAUGGAAAGCCAGCUUCCUCUGUCCCACCUCCACCUCCUCCAGUGGCACCCCCACCACCACCUCUCCCUCCUCCACCACCACCACCACCACCCCCUCCAGGAGUCCAGAAUGGUAUCCCUAGUCCCCAUGCAACUGGGGGUAAAAUGAAUGUCAAGAGGAUUAAUUGGGACAAGCUUGACCAGACUAAAGUGGAGAACACAAUAUGGGAGCAGUUGGGAGAAAAUGAUUUGGAAGAUGUUGUCAAGUACCUUGAAUUAGAGCAGCAUUUCAGCACUGGAGUCACCAGACAAAGAGUAUCUGAGAAGCGACAAGAAGUUUUCAUCCUUAAUGCAAAGAAAGCCUAUAAUAUCUCCAUACUUCUUGGUCAUGUGAAGAUGAAUGUGAAUCAGAUGAAGCAAGCACUGUUCCAGAUGGACGAGGAAAUUUUAACUUAUGAACUUCUCCGUCAACUCCUUGCAUUUGCACCUAAUCAUCAAGAGAUGGAGAAAUAUGACUGUUUUGAUGGGGAUCUGGAUGACUUGAGCAAACCAGAUAGAUUUGCAUAUGAAAUGAGUCGUGUACCUGGGUAUGAACAAAGACUAAAAGCCUUAAUAUUCAAAGGGAAUUUCAAUGAGAAGAUAGCUGAAAUGAAGGAGAACUUACAGAAUAUAAGGAAGGCAUCUGCAGAAUUACGCCACAGUAAGAAGUUAGCCAAGAUAUUGGAAUUAAUACUGGCCAUGGGUAACUACAUGAACAAGGGAAAUAACAGAGUAGGUGGUGCAGCUGGUUUUAGGAUAUCCUUCCUGGCACAGUUGGAUGUGACCAAGACUAAGGACAACAAGAUGACAUUUAUACAUAUACUAGCAGAGGCAGUGUACUCCCAAUUCCCUGAAGCCCUAUCAGUGGGCGAAGACCUUACCACAGUCCCACUGGCAAGCAAAGUGUCUAACAUAAUGCUGAAUCAGGAAUUACAAGAACUGAGAAAAGUAUUACAGGAUGUAUCCAAUACACUAGAAAAGUUUGGGUCCCAAAAGACAAGCAUAGGGAUCAAUGAUCGUUUCCAGGAUGUGAUGGGACACUUUAUAUCACAGGCCUCGGAUGAGAUCCAGGGUCUGUUCCGUCUCCAGGCCAACACUAUGGAGGAAUUCCAGGCCAUGGUUCAGUUCUUCGGAGAAGACUCAAAGAAAUCCACCACCGAAAUAUUUGGAAUCUUCUCUGAGUUCAUCACAAAGUUUGAAAGAGGACAUCGACAUAACAUGGUGUAUAAACGUCGCUAA